AUGCCUAGCUCCAAGGACAGCAUUUCAGCGCACAUCGACAACGUCGAAUUCGUGAGCACCCCGUCCGAUGAGGACAAGGAGUCAACACCCGAAGUGCGUCCGUGGCGGGCAGCGGAGACACAAGUCCAUCCCUUGCGAAAGAGUUUCCUGAAGCUGUACGGCUGUCUGUUCGUCGCGUACCUAUGUUCAGCCACCAACGGCUUCGACGCAAACACCUUCGGCGGACUGACCGCCAUCGACACCUUCGUCUCCUACUUCGGCAUCACGCCCGAGAACCAGGGUCUCGUCGCCGCGCUCUACGUCAUCGGCAACGUCGCCGGCUGCCUCUUCGCAGGCCCGUGCGCCGACCGCUACGGCCGCCGCUUCGGGAUGGCCGUCGGGUCGACGGUGUGCAUCGCCGGGGCGGUCAUGCAGGCCACCGCGCGCAACCUCGGCACGCUCAUGGGCGGGCGCUUCAUCCUGGGGCUGGGCGCGGUGCUCGUGCAGACGGCGGGGCCGGCGUAUGUGGUGGAGAUGGCGUACCCGCGGUACCGGGGGGUGCUCACUGGGGCGUACCAGGCGUGUUUCUUCCUGGGGACGAUCGUGUCGACGUGGUUGGAGUAUGGGCUGAACUUCAUCGUCGGCACGCCGCAGUGGACUUGGCGGCUUCCGCUCGCGGUACAGGCGCUUCCGUCCGUUCUCGUCCUCGCGUUCGUGUGGUUCAUACCGGAGACGCCGCGAUGGUAUAUGGGUCAAGGCAGGGUAGACAUGGCGAAAGAGAUACUGGUGAAGUACCACGGAGACGGAGACGCAAACUCGCCCAUCGUCGCUCUCGAGCUUGAGGAGAUGCAGCAAGCGAUCUCCCCGGACGGGUCGGACAAGCGGUGGUGGGACUUCCGCGAGCUCUUCAACUCGCGGUCCGCCCGCUAUCGCACCUUCCUGGUCGCUUGCAUCGCGUUCUUUGGACAGUGGGACCUGCCGCCGACCAGCUACUACUUUCCACUGAUGGCCAAAACGGCGGGGAUCACGAGCGAGCGCACGCAACUGCUGCUGAACGCCCUCCAGACGCCGAUCAUGAUGGCGGCGGCGCUGUCCGGGCUGCGUUGGCAGGACCGAAUCGGUCGCCGUAAGCUCCUCAUCGCGUCCAGCACGGGCAUGGCGAUCUCGGUGGCCGUCAUAACGGCGUGCACCGCGCAGCAGGCGGGCAGGCCAGUGGUCGGAGGCGUCGGCAUCGCAUUUGUGUACGUCUUCCUCGUCGUCUUCGCCUUCGCUUGGACGCCUGCACAGUCGCUGUACCCGACCGAGGUCCUGGCGUACAACACGCGCGCAAAAGGCCUGGCGUUCAUGAACCUGCUGGUCAACGUCGCUAACGUGUUCAACACCUACGUUCCUCCGGUGGCGAUCGCCCGGGCCAGCUGGCGGUUCUACAUCUUCUACAUCCUGUGGGACGCGUUGGGUGCGCUGGUGAUAUACCUCACCUUCGUGGAGACCAAGGGAAGAAACCUGGAGGAGAUCGACCACAUCUUCGAGGCGAAAACUCCAAAGAAAGCCAGUUUACAGGCGCAAGCGGAACUGAGACGUUCAGAUGGAAUGCUGAAGUCGGGAGAAGCGGGGCCGUGA